GGGAAUGUGGAUUAAUUUGGUGUCGUUAUGGGCAACAGCACCUGAUUCGUUAAAGACUUCGACGCAAUAGGAAGUUGCGCAACACAUGGGCUCAUCAAAAAGAUUAAUUAGACGCAGAAGGAGCUCUCUGUACCUCAAUGACUGAGUGCAUUCACACAAGUCAAUUUUUUAAAUCUCGGCGGCAGGGUAGCCUGUGGAUCUUGCGAGUAGAACACAGCGUCAAAUGCCCCAACCUUUAGCGCCCCGGCGCCUUUCGCUAGAGUGGCGGCCAAUUGGCUUGGAAGACGAGGAAAAAAAUGUUCUCCUCCGCGCGGCUACGACGCACGUGCCUGGGAGCUAAUGCCAUCACUUCCCAAACGAGCGCACUAGGAAAAAAAAAUCCUGGUACCAAGGACUUCACCACGUUUAUGCAAUUUCGGGUAAACAGCUCGCAGCUCUGAGUCGGGGGCAAACCAUCUUCUGCAGGGCCCGGAAUCGCUUUAUAAACUCUCGAGAUCUCGUAAUUGCCUCGGUCACAAAUGCAAUUCACUUCUCUCUUCGUCCUUGCAACAUCCUUGGUUGCAGCUUCCGCUCAAAACAUCCUUCUCACCAAUGACGAUGGAUGGGCCGCUACCAACAUCAGAGCCUUCUACAGAGAUCUCAAAGCUUCCGGUCACAACGUUGUCAUGGUGGCUCCUGCUAGACAGUACUCGGGCAACGGAGGCAGAUUCAUCACUCCGACAACCUCGACCCUCACUGCCGCAGCAGUCUUCGAGUAUCCGCCAGCCGGAUCGCCAGCGUGGGGUCACGAGGAGGACGACUCGAACGUGUGGUAUUUCGACGGGUCGCCGGCCGCGUGCGUCGCGUUCGGCCUGGACUAUGUGGUUCCUAAAUACUUCAACAACAUGACGGUCGACGUUGUUGUUGGCGGUCCCAACGAAGGAAACAACCUCGGAGAAAGAGACUACGUUAUUUCGGGAACCAUCGGCGCCACAUACUAUGCCACAGAAAGAGGCUAUCCGGCGAUUGCGUUCUCGGGAGCAAACUCCAACAAUUCAUUCUUCAAGGACAACCUCGACGAGGACCCGGACCACGCCCCUAACAUUUACUCCAAGUACGCGAUCCAGGUGCUCGAGGCUCUGGCCAAAGGCCACGGCGACGGGGACCGUCUGCUGCCAGAGUCGUACGCGCUGAACGUCAACUUCCCUGCCGCCGGCUCCGACAUCAACGCCUCGUGCAGAGAGCUCACGUUCAGACACACGCGGUUCACCGGCUCUAAGAGUCUCGCGUACAAGGUGGAGUACGACCACACGGCAGAAAACAUGAAGCAGACGACGCUGGCCACCUCCGCGGUGCAGAACUGUGCUGCCGGCGACUGCGAGCUGCCAGACGAGUUCACCAUCAUCAACAACGGCAAUUGCGAGGCCACGAUCUCCGUGUUCGCAAUCGACCUCGACGCGGGCGAGCAGCUCACCGAGCAGACGCUGUCGUUGUUUGAGUCUGUGCUGGAAAAAUAGAAUAUUUUAAAUCAAUAAAAUAAAUAAUC